UCAUUUUAAAUGUUCUCUUCUCUCGAUCUUCCUUCUUCGACACUCUUUUUUUCUUUCUUCAGCAAAAGAAAUGAGUUUCGAUUCCUCUCGCUCCGCAAAUUCAGGCCAGAAAAUAAAGCGAAACUUCAAUUCUAUGCAGUCGAACAGCGUUAGCAAUAGCAAUACCAGUGUAAAUAACAAUAAAAAGAAGAAAAAGACAAACCAGAAAACCCUAGGCGUGGGUUGGGGUUCAAAUUCUCUCGCCUCUUCUCGCUCUUCUUUUCGCAAUUCUCCUUUUUCCAAUUUCGGCAGUUACAUGGUAGAAAAGAACCGGAAACUUCAAAGCCAGUUUGAUGCAGAAGCUUCGAGUUCUUCACAUAGUGAUUCAACGUCUGGUAGGCCUAUAUUUCAAGGGAUUUCAAUCUUUGUUGAUGGUUUCACAGUUCCUUCCAGUCAGGAAUUGCGAGGCUACAUGUUGAAGUAUGGUGGACGACAUGAGAAUUACUUCUCUAGGCGUCGUGUUACUCAUAUUAUCUGCAGCAAUCUUCCAGAUAGUAAAAUCAAGAAUCUGAGGUCUUUCAGUGGUGGGCUCCCAGUUGUGAAGCCAGGAUGGGUUUUGGAUUCUAUUGCUGCUAACAAACUUUUGAGUUGGGUUCCUUAUCAACUUGAUCAACUUGCUAAUAAUCAACCAAAGUUGUCAGACUUUUUUGCAUUGAAGCGCAGCCAUUUCUCUGAGUCAACACCUGUGUUUUACCAAGCAAAACCUGAAACUGAGGAUUCAUCUUUGAACAAUGGCCCAUCAAAGAAUGCUGAUUUAUCUGAAUUGGGUGGGUCUGUGGAGCAUGAAUGCCAGACGAGGGGAGAAAUUGAAGACCCUGUGGUAGCUUGUACAAAUGAAAAAAUAACUGAACAGCAAAGUAGUUCUACUGGAAAAUCUUGUGAAGUAGACACACCAGAACAAAGUAAUGCUGAUGUUGAAAGUAACAGCUGUAUAAAAGAUGAACUUCAGUCUCGUAGACCCUCUCAUUCAAUUAGCAGUUAUUUUGUGGAAAAUAGAGAUAUGAUAGAAUCAACAAGUUCUAAAAAGUCUCAUUCAACUCUUGGGGAUCCCAAUUUUGUUGAAAAUUAUUUCAAGAGUUCAAGGCUACACUUCAUAGGAACCUGGAGACAUCGUUAUCAUAAGCGAUUCCCCCUCUGUAGUGAGUUUAAGUGUUCAAGUUCUGGCCUGAAAGUGCUUUCAGAUGUUCAGAGGACUGCCAUAAUCCAUGUUGACAUGGAUUGCUUCUUUGUCUCAGUGAUCAUCAGGAACCAUCCUGAAUUACAUGAUAAGCCUGUAGCUGUAUGUCAUUCAGACAGUGCAAAAGGAACUGCAGAAAUUUCAUCUGCAAACUAUCCUGCUCGUGAUUAUGGAGUUAGGGCUGGAAUGUUUGUUAGAGAUGCUAAGGCUCUUUGUCCCCACAUCACCAUUUUCCCAUACAACUUUGAAGCUUAUGAAGAGGUAGCUGAUCAGUUCUAUGACAUUUUGCAUAAGUACUGCACCAGAGUUCAGGCAGUUAGCUGUGAUGAGGCAUUUCUGGAUACAACAUACUUAGAAGGGGAAGAUCCAGAAAUUUUGGCUUCAAAAAUAAGGAAAGAGAUUUUUGAAACUACGGGAUGCACAGCGAGCACUGGGAUAGCUGCCAAUAUGCUUAUGGCUCGCCUUGCCACUAGAACUGCUAAACCAAAUGGUCAAUGCUACAUCCCUCCACAAAAAGUGGAUGAGUAUCUAUAUCAUCUUCCAAUCAAGGCACUUCCCGGAAUAGGCCAUGUUUUAGAGGAGAAGUUGAGGAAGCAAAAUAUUCAGACGUGUGGCCAGUUGCGUAUGAUUUCCAAGGAUUCUCUUCAAAAGGAUUUUGGUGUGAAAACUGGUGAGAUGCUAUGGAAUUAUAGUAGAGGAAUAGAUAAUCGGCAAGUUGGGGUGAUCCAGGAAAGCAAAUCUAUAGGUGCUGAAGUGAAUUGGGGGGUGCGGUUCAGGGAUUUGAAAGAUAGCCAACAUUUUCUGUUAAACCUUUGCAAGGAGGUUUCAUUACGCUUGCAAGGGUGCGGAGUGCAAGGGCGCAAAUUUACCCUCAAGAUAAAAAAGAGAAAAAAGGACGCUGAUGAGCCUGUUAAGUAUAUGGGCUGCGGAGACUGUGAUAACUUUAGUCAUUCUAUGACGGUUCCAGUUGCUACUGAUGAUGUGGAGGUGCUUCAAAGGAUAACAAAGCAGCUCUUUGGGUCUUUCCAUUUUGAUGUUAAAGACAUCCGGGGUAUUGGCUUGCAAGUUUCCAAGCUUGAAAAUGCAGACACUAAUAAACAAGGGAUUGAAAGAAACACUUUGAAAUCAUGGCUUGCAUCUGCGUCAGCUAGUACUGAAGAAAAAUGUAAUAUCAGUAGGAUGUCUGAAGGUGGGGCUGAUGUGAUUCAGCAUUCUGUCCAAAUGGACCUUAACCUGUCCACUGGUCAAGAUUCUUUGAACCAGGUUUCAGCUGUACCACCUUUAUGCGAUCUUGAUGUGGGAGUGAUAGAGAAUCUUCCUCCAGAACUUUUUGCUGAGCUAAAUGGAAUUUACGAUGGGAAAUUAUUGGAUUUAAUUACCAAAAACAGAGAUAAAAGUGAAAAUGUCAGCAGUUAUUUCUCUAAUCCUCCACACGCGCUUGAAGGUGCUAUGAAUGAGGGAAAGGGAUCUCCAUUCUUAGAAUUGGUCAACCAAAACAAAGAACCAGUAGCAAUGAAGGCUGAGCAGUUUGCAGUUGAGGCAGCGCCAGCAGUGCCUGUUCUGGGAGCAGGAUUGUUUAAUGAGGCCAUACCUGCUUUUGUUCAUGAUAAAAUUGACUUAAUGCCUUCAUCUCUUAGUCAGAUAGAUACCUCAGUGUUACAACAGUUGCCUGAAACGCUGAGAGCUGAUGUACUUGAGCUGCUUCCUGCACACAGACGGCAGGCAUUCUCUUCUGGUGAUACCUUGAAAGGUUCAAUGGGUACCAAGAUUCCUGAGAACCUGGCUGGAUCGAUUGAUGCUGUUGCAAAUAAUAAUCUUUGGGUUGGAAAUCCUCCAUUGUGGGUUGAAAAGUUCAAGGUCAGCAAUUUCUUGACAUUAAACAUGCUGGCUGAUAUGUACUACAAAUAUGGAUCAACUGGGAAUUUAUCUCAAAUACUUCAACAUACUGUAUCUGUAACUGUACAUCCUCCAUCUGCAAGUUCUAAUGGCUGGGAUGAAGCUAUUGAUAACUUCUGUGAGAUUCUCAGGCAAUAUAUCAAACUAAAGAUAGAAGUAGACAUCGAAGAGAUCUAUGUUUGUUUUCGUCUUCUAAGAAGGAUUAUGUCAAAGUCAGAAUUUUUCUUACAAGCAUACAACACUGUCAUACCUUACCUUCAGACUUCUGUUGAUCAAAUUUAUGGAGGAAGUAUGCAUAUAACCUCAUGAGUAGUGCCUCUAACCAUGGAACUUGUAGUACAUGCAUGCCGACUUCUCCAUCAAAGGUGUGCAGUCUUCAAUUUAUAGGAGAGAUUGCAGUCUUGCCUUGAUUCUCAUCUGUACCAGUACCUUGAAAAUGCACUGGUUUCUGGUUCCAUUGUUGUCUUCAGACUACUAUUAGAUUGUGGAAGCCUGGAUAAAAACCAUUGGAAAGACUUCUUUGAUAGGGUGCUUGAACCGGUCUCCUGGAUUUGUUCCUGAUCUUAUUGGUGAUUAUCUCGUGUCUUGAAUCUUAUUUUGUCAUCAAAAUCAGACUCAUGUCUGGAAUCUUAUUUUGUCAACAAAAUCAGACUCAUGUUUGGAAUCUUAGUGAAGUGGUUCAAAGCCGUAGGCACAGAUUACAUAAGGGUGCACCAGUACUCCGUCUUAUCCUCAUCUACACUUAAACUUAUCACUUACAAAGUGCAGUCUUAUAAUUUUUAUAAAUCAGUUGGUCUUGGUGUAAUUUCCAUGUUGGUUCAGACAGGCCUGGGGGCAGUGAGCCAACGACUGUAAAAAAAGCUACUUGAAGAAGUAGACGGUGGCAUGUUGUUUAUAUGUGAACUGCUUCUAUACUGGCGGGCUCCUCGGUCAAAUGGUGCCAGAAAUGUGAACAUUCUUCUGAUAUAACAUGCUCCGCCUCAUUUGGGAUUAGACAUUUUCAUCAUUUGAGCCUGCACGAGAAUGAAGAAUGGACUCAUUCAACCCAUGUUUUAUUAUUUUGCAUGGAUACCUGUUUUCCCCACUCUUGUGAAGUGAUGAUCCUAUCACGUGGCCGCUGGAAUUUCUUGAUAGGUAAAGUUUCCUUCCCAGAAAAUUUAUAUCAUUUUGAUGGUCAAGCAUUGGAAUUUGAAUGCAUCUCAGCCUCCUUCAAGAUUAGCAUAGUCAGACCAUGGCCUUUUCGUUUUCAACUCUGUGUAUAUUUAUUUUAUUUGUCUAUGUUUCUUAGUUAAAUUUUCAACUCCAAGUUCAAACAUCUCCAACUCAGGAUUCCUCCUCUGCCAACUCGCCCAACAAAACACAAGUCAGAGAGCAAUUUUUUAAUGAAUACUUGUUUCACCAUCUUUAUUUAUGUGUUGAAGAAUUUCCUCUCAGAAUCCAAACACGCUGCCUAGAUUUCAGAACUCAGCAUUAGUUUAGAGGGAGAGAGAAAUAUGAGUUCUCAUUUUAUUGUAUCGCUAUUCAAUGCAAUUUCCAUCUACAUCUUCGUCCUUCUGCUCACUUAUUGUUCACAUGUCGAGGGCUCGAGGCCUUUGAAAGACUAUUAUCAUGAUCCAUCUUCCUUUCCUUCAUUGAAGGGUUUCACUCCUCUAAGCAAAGCUAAUUCUGGGCCGAGCCGUCGUGGUCGUGGUCACUGAAGGGAGCUGUUUAAUCCUUCCCUCCGUUACUUGAAAAGCUUUGUUUUUUCGCUUCCAUUGAUUUCUUUAUCUGUUCAUUUUGUGUGAAUGGUUCUUAAAAUAUAUACGUCAAUGAAACCAUGAAAUAUUUUCCUUUGAUUUGUGUCAAUGUUUGCCCAAAA